CAGAUAUUUUGUAAUUUCACUUUUUAUUUCAAACUUUAAAGAGUACCACAUUCCGACCACGACGACGAUGGCCGGUCAACCGGAGAAGAAGCCAGAAUCUGUCUAUGACUUUACUCUAAAGGAUGCAAAGGGAAAUGAUGUUGAUCUUAGUACCUACAAGGGAAAGGUCCUACUGAUCGUGAAUGUUGCGUCCAAAUGCGGUUUGACUGAUUCAAACUACAAAGAUCUCAACCACUUACAUGAGAAGUACAAAGAUCAAGGCCUGGAAAUUUUGGCAUUUCCUUGCAAUCAAUUUGGUGCACAAGAACCAGGGAGCAACGAUGAGAUCGUAGAAUUUGCUUGUACACGUUUCAAGUCAGAGUUCCCCAUCUUUGACAAGAUUGAAGUGAACGGCGAAAACACAUCUCCUCUUUAUAAGUUCUUGAAAUCAGCCAAGUGGGGAUUACUUGGAGAUAAUAUUCAGUGGAAUUUCGCUAAGUUCCUCGUUGAUAAGAAUGGCCAAGUUUCUGAUCGCUAUUAUCCUACCACAUCUCCUCUCUCAAUGGAGAGGGACAUAAAAGUGCUGUUGGAAAUCGAGUAGUUGCCAAGGUUGAGCCCUCAACAAUGUGGAUGGAUUUCGAACUUGUUAAUGCUGGCUUCGUUUUAUUGUAGUUUGUCCCAUUAUUAAUAAAUUACUACAUGUUUCUGAAACUGAUAUCCAGUUAUUUGAUAUUAGACAAAUAUUAUUAUUCUGUCAGUUUGUUUUGUUUGAUGAAGAAUUAUAAGUUCUUGAUGUUUAUUUGUUUCCAUUGAAGCUCUCUAUCUAUUGAAGGUAGGGGUAAGGUCGACGUAUACACUAUAUUUCUUAGA